AGACCAGGGAAAUCAAUAUGUUGAUGUAACCUGAGCAUAAUGAAUGAACAGAGUAAGUAAGAUUGCAUCUACAAGAUAAGUUAACUCACUGUUUGGCUGUCUUCUAUCUUUGACAAGAGGAGUUUGAAGGUCACCUCCACUAAUCCUCCAAUGUUUUUGCCCCCAUAGUGGUUGUAGAAGACGAUGAUGAUUUUAACGUGAUUCAGCCAACCCUCCUGCAACAAUUAAAGACCAUUCUAGAUCAAUACCCUGAUGAUGGGCAGAUACUGAAGGUAAUAUUCAUUUAGUUAAAAAGCCUUAAAACCGAUCUUUCUCAACAAAUAUAUGUCUUUCACCAUUUAAAUCUCUGCUUACGUUCACUGACGCUUAUUUUUUGUCACACCCGGUGUUUAAGGGAGGAGGGUAAUCCUGGUAACAGCGCCCCUCCCACCCCCGUGGUUGCCGUUUAGGGCUAACAAACAGCCUGGAUAUAUUAACCUCAAUCCAGUAUUUAUCCUAGUUAAGUUAAACCAGCUGAACCUGUUUUUAGUAUCAUCCCUUUAGAGCUCAAUAUACGUGUUAAAAGUUGUUCAUAUUUUAUUUUUUAAGGAACUCAUUCAAAAUGCUGAGGAUGCUGGUGCGAGCCAAGUGAAAUUUCUGUAUGACAAACACAGCUAUGGAACGGACAAACUGCGCAACGAAAAGCUUGCCACGUUUCAGGUGAGUUUUGAAAAAGAGGUAGAUAAGAAUUAAGUGCAGUGUUUUCUGCAGUUUUCUGAGAGAUAAGCAACAGGAUCUUACAAUAUCUGCAGGGUCUUACCUGACUGACAGCCACCAUUGCUGUUGUCUGUCUUUGAUGGGUUGUGGGAUUGGGUGUGGCCGGGGAGCGUCAAUAAAUCUGGUGGUGCUUUUCCCCGCGACUGGGUAGGUUUUUGUUUAGUUAAACUGAUCGUUGGAUAGUGUCUUCAGUUGAAACUUGUAAUUGCUUCGUAACAGGGACCAGCGCUUUAUGCCUACAAUAACGCCGAGUUUACCAAAGACGACUGGAGGGGCAUCAGAAUGCUCUGUGACAGUAACAAAGUCAAAGAUCCAAUGAAAGUUGGUCGGUUUGGCCUUGGUUUCAAGUCAGUAUUUCACAUGACAGGUAGGUACAUCGCACGGAACAAUUUGCGCUUUGUAUAUCUGAUCGUCUGCAUUAAAUGUUAUAUUUAGCGUUUUUUUGUGUAGCUUUUUAUUUCGAGAAUCAUUGGCCAUGUUAAGAAUUAAUAAAUAUGAUUUAUUGUUUGUUACUAGAAAAUUAGCUAAUAGCUUAUAAUCGCCCACAACAAGAAUAGAAAAAUACUAAAAAUCCAAAACCGCUGAAACUUCGCAAUGACUAAAGACUAACUAAUUAGCUAUCUGUUACUAAGGAUACCCCAGCCCAUUAUAUGACCCUGCAUUGGCUGGUCCCGGACGCGUGUAAGAUAAAGCCUCUUUUGCCCAUUAAGGAUUUUCCGCUUAGGCCCUGCCAGAAAUAGUUCUCUUGAGAAUAUAAUAAAUUUAUCACUCCAUCACUCGCCAAGUAUGUUCGGCCAAGAUGGCUGGAUGUUAGCCUCGUGUUUAGUUUUUGCCUUUCCAUUGACCUCAACUUCAAGAAACGUUUCUCUGGCAAUAUCCAGCUUUGUUGACGUCACGUUUGAUCAAUAACGCACACAGGCAUAUAUCUGAAGCAUUUUUCCUUGGCUUUUAGAUUUACCGAGCAUCCUCAGCAACACACGGAUAGGUUUCAUUGAUCCACUGGAGCACUUGAGUGAUCACAAAUAUCGAAUAACUGGGUUCAGCUGGCUUUUAAAUGAGCAUGAAAAAAUGGAACGUAUACAAGAUCAGUUUCGUCCGUACAAAGAAAUAUUUGAUUGUAACGAUAAGGUCUUUUCUGAAGGAAAGUACGGUGGGACAUUGUUCCGUUUCCCUUUACGGAACACUCCGUCCAAAUUAUCAGAGACAUUGUACUCGCAGGAAAAAAUGGAAAGGUUGUUUGAGAGUUUUGUUGCCGAUGCUCACCUUGUGCUUUUGUUUCUUCGAAAUCUGGAAUCCAUUGAGCUCUAUACGCGAGAGAUUGCAGAAUCCUUUCCAAAAACAAUCUUUCAAGCGAAAAUCAGUGAAGAUAGCCUUGAGUUUGUAAGGAAGAAAAGGAAGGAGUUCUUUGACAAGAUCGAACCAGGUAAACACAUGCUUGAGCCUGUCACAGUGACGUAUCCAGUUAUAAUUGAGACGGUCGUGCGGGAAAACAACAUUCAACAGUUUUCCUUCCUUGUCACAAGCUACUGCUGUGGUGGGGAGCUCUCAUCCGAGUUUAAGACGCUUCUGACAGAUGAAGAACUUAGCUAUUUACCCUCCGUUGGCGUUGCUAUGGGGGUUCCCCCAACAAAGGACCGCCCGACGCCUGAUGUUGCGGGGCACGUGUUUUGCGCUUUGCCUUUGCCCGUGCAAAAAAAGAGCAUGACAGGUUUGCCCGUUCAUGUAAAUGGAUUCUUCGCCCUCACUCAGAACAGACGCCACAUUAAGACACCAAGCAAAGAUCAAGAUGACCGAAGCAAACUUACCGACAAGUCCUUGUUGUGGAAUUGUUGUUUGAUGGAAGAGGCUCUUCCAAAAGCCUAUGUUACGAUGAUUAAGGAAGCCAUAAUCAACUUCAACUUGAAUUCAGAUGUAGUGUACAAGUAAGGUUUUAUUUUUAUUUAUUAAUUACAGGAAGGCCCUUUUUUUGUAGUGAUAUUUUUCUUAUAAUCUCGCAGUGUUUUGGCAUGUGGCUGUUAAUAAGUUAAUGGCAUGACCUCCUUUGUUUCGGAGUAAUUUCCACGGCGUGACAAUCUUAUUAUGUAGGGAUUCUUUAUCAUGCUCGUACGUGCCUGGUAUUUAAAUACAUUGUGUACAGGUAGCACAGUUAUUUUGUACUAAAACAGAGAAAACAAUAAGUUUGUUCUAUCAUUAGUUGAUAAGGUGAAUGGCUGGCGUUUCCAGUAUUUGCACUUCUUCAAAGCUAAUCAAGGGAUUGAGCCGACCUCGGUAGGAACAUGGUAACAGGAAAACAAAAAACGCAAAACACAUUUGAAUGAAAGGCGUUUGUUGAAUUUUUUUGUGAUUUCAAGUGUCGAUUUCAAAGAUAAAUUUUCUUUUCCUUUUAACCCUUUCGCCCCGGAAGCACAUUUACAAUGUAACCGCGAUCGUGCGGAUCCAAAUCCCUUCUACCGCUUGUGACGUCGACAGUUUUACGGUCAAGGACAGCUUUGUUCGCUAACUUGUGUACGGUAACGAGAUCUUUCAAACCAACCAGAAUGAGGACGAGUGAGUCAACCGCUCAACUAGCUUCAAAACAAGAAAAACAAGAAACGCUUUUGAUUCAACUAACUUGCAAACAUCGCCAGAAUAACUUAUCCUUGUUUUUCCUGUUACACGCUCAAUAUUAAGACGACACAUAACACAACAUCGGAUCCAAAUUGAAUAAAAUUUGUAAAUGUAAAACAACCACGUCAGUUUUUCGUAAAUGGAUGAUCUUUUAUGAAGAAAAACUGACAAAACGUCAAUAGAGCUACGUCCUAGAUGUCAGAAAGAGACUUCAUUAUUGCUUAUAAUAUGGUUUUUAUAGUUACUUAAUUCUUACAAAGAAACUUUUGUAUCAUGUGUCAUUCAGAGCAUGGCCACAUAACGCAGUUAUUGACCCAGCUUGGGAAAGACUUAAGGGACCAUUUUUACAGCUGAUGUGCGGUGAACACUUCGUAUACACUCCAGCCAGUGGAGGUCAGUGGCUGAAGGCGGAGGAGGCCAUCUUUGACACCAUCGACAAACAUGACAGCGAACUUAAGCAGCUGCUCGUCACAGUUUUGCUUCAAGCCAAUCAAAAUGUUGCCUGCCUGCCCGAUCAUGUGCUUGAGGCCGUAUCUGUCACACGGGAGAUUGAGAUCACUCCCUCGCUGGUGCGAAAAGUGCUCAAGAAUUUCCCAACCGCCUAUAGGAGCCUUGGUCGAAUGCAUAAGUUGCUGCUUUUGAAAUUCAUCUUGAACGGCCAAUUCACACACGUUGAAGAACUCCUUGGUUUAGAGUUAUUACCCACUUCGAAUCAAGGUUUUACAUGUUUUUCAAAGUCUGAUAGAGCUAUUUUUAUCUGCCCGCGUGAGUAUCCUCAAGAACUUCAGCUUUUGCCAGGCCUAGGAAAUCGCUUUUUAGACCACGACGUCGACGAACAGCUGUUUAGAGGCCUAGAAGCAGUUGCAGAGAAAGGUAUGUUUAUUACAAAAUUGCUCGAUAUGACAUGCGGGUAACUGAAGGAGUAACUCUCAGUGAAAGACUAAAGCAAAUUUAAGAAUUGGAAUAGAUAUUCUGCCGAAUGAGUAAAUACAAUUUCCCUUCUCGUGUUUCAUUUCUUGCUUUAGCAUAAGUUGAGUAUUUAACUGCGAUGAUCUUCUCCGCAUUUAUAUUUUCAUCUUGCAGUUCAAAUAUAUGAAAUUUGUGUAUUAUCAUUUUCUUCUUCAUCUUUCCCCGGUAUAUUACGAAACAGUUUAAUGAGCAGCUCCCAGUUGGCUUGCUAACGCUGCACCGGUAUCGCAGGGUUCAGGGUUCCAAUCCCGGCUAGCCUGAAUAAUUUAGCCUUUCUUUUUUUGACAACAGCAUAAGUUGCGUAUUUAGUUUGUUAUGAUCAUCUUCUCCGUAUUUAUUUCUUCUACUUUAUGGUAAUGACAUUGUCACUGAAUACAUUAUUCAUCACACGAAUGACCGCAAUAGAAGCUAGCCACAGUCUGAGAGAAAACGUGGUUACAGCUGUCAGGAGAAACAUUCGAACUUAUGUCCUUGAAGUGUCGCUAAGCAAAGCAGGUUUAAUUUCCAUCCAGGGAAAUAUUUUCAACCGCCUUAAACUGAUCAAACCCAAUGACAACGAUUCCAUCGCAAUUUUGACAGGAAUAUUCCAGAUUGUUAUCUGCUAUCUUGGCUCGUAACCCUUUGGUAAGUUUCCAAUACCCUGUCACUAGAAACAUGUUUUGCUUGAGUUGUCUGCAGGAUCCUCAUUUUAAUUAGAAGUUAACAGGAAAUGAGAGUUUAUUGUUUACUUUAUUUUUAUGUAGGAUUCACUCAGUUGGGGCGUCUUCGUAAAGAUUAUAUGCCAGAGCUACUUCGCGAGGCCUUGCCGUCGGAAUGGGAAGGAAAAGAUGUGGUUCAGUGGUAUCCCGAUGAUGAGAGAUACAAUCAUCCCACGAGGAACUGGCUUAAGCGCGUGUGGGACUACCUUCGAGAACAAUUUGAAAAAGAUCUCUGUAGACUUAAAAACCUUCCUUUGAUUCCACUUGACCUCUCGCGCCACCCGAUAGAAUUAACAAAGAUGGCCAGCCCGUCGAGAAUUGUUGAGAGCAAGCUGAGUGAAAAUAAUGAUAUCCUGGACACCUCUUUGUGUCACGUGUUAAAGGCCUUGGGUGUUAUAAUAAUGAGAAAUUGCCCACAUUUUCUGAAAAGCCAUCCCGGAAUAGACAAAUUUGUUCGCCCACCAUCUGUCAGGGGUAUUCUGCAGGCGAUGUUGUCUUCUUCCAGCGUGAUGGGGAAAGGCAUGCACUCGGCUAUUCUAAGCGACAUGAAAGACAGUGACAGGCGUUCCUUAAGAAAACUAAUCGCUAAAGUGUCAUCCCUGUCUUCAAAAGAGAAGCAGUAUCUUUCGUGCCUUCCACUUUUCGAGACUCUGUCUCAGGACUUCGUGUCCAAAAAACAGGGGCCAGGUGCCUUACCAAAAGAAGCUCUGCCAUUCACACCCUGCGGAGACUUUAUUGAUGUUAAAGAGCCCGACUCUCUGGCUUUGGCUCGCUUAUUAGACAUCCAAAUACCGACGCUGACAGAAUUUUUGUGCGAGCGAAUACUUCCAGAUGUCAAGGGAAAAAGUUAUUUUGAGCACGAGAUUGACAACGUGAUGAUGUUUGUGAUGGGUCAUAUUGACACCGAUGCAAGAUUAGAAGAGAAGAUGAAAACUUUGAAAUUUGUCUCAACUAACAGUGAAGGACGGGUUUCAGCUAUGGAACUCUUCGAUCCCAGAAAAGGCAAACUUAGGGAAAUUUUUGCUGGCGAAGAUGUUUUUCCCGUCUCGCAGUAUACUGCUCCUGAAGUCCUUAGACAUCUAGAGAAACUUGGCAUGAAGAGUGAGGAAGAUAUCACAGCUUAUGACCUCUACAAAAGUGCCACGAAGGUCGCUGACAUUGUAACACAGGCAGAGGUAGAGAGGAAGUCGAAAGCAAUUUUGAGUUAUCUGUGCAGACAUCCAAAGAAGCUUAAGGAGAACGUAUCUGGAGUGUCGCUGGGAAUAAAGCUUCAAGAUGUCCCUUGGAUAUCCCCAUUGCGAGUAAAGCCCCGUAGUUUUCCCAGUAGCCUUCCUUUCUACGGAGAAAAUGAAACAAAAGCUUAUUUCUUCAAGCCCACGGAGGUAGAGACCAAAGAUAAAGCGUCCUUAGUUGGAGCAAUAAGACCUGUUGUUCCAGUUGAUUCAUCAAGUGAAGUAGCCAAACAUCUUGGUUGGGACAAGAGUCCCCGUGCACUGGACGUUGUGGAGCAUUUUAAAAUCUUGAUCGAUUGUUACAGAAAGGAUGAAAAGCCACAUUAUAUGUUAAUGGUGAGCGAAAUUUACUCUUUCCUUCUUAGGACAGAUGAGACUCACGUGGAACAAGCAUUGGAUGGAAUCAAGAGCUCAAGAUGGAUUUGGAAUGGAGACGGCUUUUCCUUUCCAAAUGCUGUGCUUGCAGGAAAGCCUUCUAUUGACCUCUCGCCUUACAUUGCAUCCCUUCCUACAGAGAUGAAUGCCUACUCUGAAUUGUUUUGCAAAUUUGGCAUGCAAAAGCAGUGUGAUGUUUUAUGCUUGCUUUCUGUCCUUAAACUGAUUAAACAGAAGUACGAAGAUUGUGACGAGCAACAGUUUGAUCCUAAAGACGUGGAAAGAGAUUUACAGUUGUCUAUUAACAUUUUGAAUAAGGUGCAAUCUGAAGGCGGUGGAGAGUUAUCAUCAGAACUUCUCCAGCAAGUUUUGCUUCCAACAUUCGUAGAAAGCGAUACUUAUGUCAAACUAGCGCAAGCGGAAAAAUGCGUGUAUUCCAAGAAAGGGUCGCGACCAUUGUGUGAUGAUGAAAACACGGAUUAUUUACUGUUACACCCAAACGUCCCUUAUAGCACUGCGGAAUUUUUCAAAGUCCGAACGCUAGAGAACAGCUUGCUGAAUCCUGAUGAGCUCGAAAUUGGGGAAGAGUGUGGACAGGAGGAGAAACUUACUAGUCGACUCAGGACACUGUUGGAGGAUUACACCGAUGGAUUUGCAAUUCCGAAAGAACUUAUCCAAAAUGCAGAUGACGCGGGUGCAACUGAGGUCAGGUUCUUGUACGACGAAAGAACCAAUGAGGAUGCAAUGGACCUUUUGUUUGAUGAAGGAAUGAAAGACUGCCAGGGUCCCGCUUUGUGGGUUUACAACGAUGCUUUAUUUGAAGACAAAGACUUUGAAAAUCUGACAAAGUUAAAUGGAGCGACAAAAGAGGAAGACACAGAAAAGAUUGGAAAAUUUGGACUUGGUUUCAAUGCAGUGUACAAUCUGACAGACGUUCCCAUGUUAGUGAGCCGAAACUCCUUUGUUAUCUUUGAUCCUAACACUUUUCAUCUCGGAAAAGUACUAAGGAAGAAAAACACGCCAGGCAUAAGGCUCGACACUAACAGAAACGCCAAGAACCUAAAGAAUUUUCCCCAUCAGUUUAAGCCGUUCAAUGGUAUCUUUGGUUGUGAUCUUUCUCUGAAAAAUGAAGACAACUCAUUCCAUGGAACUCUUUUUCGCUUUCCUCUACGAACCGAAAAUCAGGCUAUAAAGAGCGAAGUAAAAAAACUCGUCUAUGACUGCAAGCAAGUGAAAGAACUUUUGCAGCUUUUUAUGAAAGGGGCAGGAUCGUUGUUACUCUUUACGCAGAAUGUCCGUCGAGUAAGUGUUUCUCAUUUGUCCAAAGAGGCGACAGAUGCUUCACAACCUACACUGAUAUUUGAAGUAACAAAGUCAUUAAGGCAAGGAGGGAUCAUACGGAAAUUGCCUAUGCAAGUCGACCUUCCUCCUGCUGCAAGAAAUCUUAGCAAAGAAGAUAAACGUUGUCUGGAGCAAUGUAACUUUCUUAGGGCAGCAACAAAAUUUGUCGAAGAAGCAGAAACUCCCAACACCAUUUUGGGCAGGUCAGGAAUAAUCCUUGACAUCCAGAGCAGCGUGACGGAGGAUGGACGCCAUUUCUUUGAAGACACUACUACGCUACCAUCGGACGUUGAGACUUGGCUUGUCGCCUCUUCCAUGGGCAAAGGCCAAGCGCUGAAGUUUUCCCGGGGUAAAAAAGGUCUUAUUCCUUCUGCAGGAGUUGCUGUUCGACUGUCCCUUGACAAUGGCUCUGUUUCAGUCCCUCUUUGUCCUUCAGAUUUUAAAGGAACCUUGUUCUGCUAUCUUCCACUACCAAUCUUCAGUGGUCUUCCUUUACACGUUAAUGGUGCUUUUGCAGUAGCCUCAAACAGACGAACUUUGAAAGAGAGAACAAAUGACGACAAAGCCUGUGUUGGGGCAGACUGGAACAAUAUUCUAUUCCAAGAUUCAGUUUGCGCAGCGUACCUAGACCUUCUGGAAGACGUUAAGUCAUUUAGUACACGAAUGUCAGGGAGAAAAUACCAGUUUCAUUCGCUGUGGCCUACGUCUUGUAAAGUGGAAAAGGCCUGUGAGCCACUCGCGAGAGCACUGUAUUAUCACCUUGCUUCUAAAAACAGUUCCCUUUUCUCAGAUGGAGAAAAGUGGAUCAGCAUCCAUGACGUUGUCUUUCUUGAUCCUCAGUUUCGCAAAGAUUCUGAGGCCGGUGACAUUUCUUUUGAAGUAUUUCAGAUGUUGGUUUCUAAGACCAAAGCCGUGAUUGAUCUUCCUUAUGAUGUUUACAAAUCGUUUGAAAGCUAUGGCUACGAAGAACUGAUUCAUUCAAAACGAUAUGACGUGAACAGGUUCUUCGCCGAACUGUUUUUCCCAAACAUUGGUUCUGUACCGCCUCAGUUGAGAGACAGGCUGCUCUUGUACGCGUUGGAUAAAACAAAUGAGGGUCUUAACGAGAUGAUUAAGAAUCAUGCCUGCAUUCCAGCAACACCGCAUGGUCAAAUACUCAAAUGCCCUAACCAGCUUAUAAGUCCAAACGGAGAUGCUGCAUUGUUGUUUUGCCCGUUAGAUGAACGGUUUCCACAAGGCAGUGAACAAACGUUCCUUCACCCCUCACGGCUUUUUAAACUCCAGCAGCUUGGAAUGGUGACGAAUAACCUUUCCUGGUCUGAAAUCGCAGAAAGGGCAGAGAGCAUCCUGAAUCAAAGUUCCACAGAGGAAGCAAAUAAAAGAGCCAAGAACUUGAUCGAUUUCUUAGAGAAGAAGCUCAAUCGUGACGGAAAUUUUGCUCCUUUGCCUGAAGAUUACUCUCGAAUUCUGAAGGCGAAAUUUUUGCCAGUUCUCAAGAAACCCCAGUCGUUUCCUCUUCUUUGGAACGGAAGAGAUACUAAAAUUGGAAAAAAACAAAUGUUCGUUUCUGCAAUAGAGGGCUUUUUACCUGAACACAUGUACCUUGUAUGCUGCAGUGAGCCAAUAAUAGGAGUGUGUAUUUCAGAAACGGCCAAAGCCUUUUUGAAGUUAAAAGGGAAAAGACCCACAGUAGAGCAUGUACUUGAACAAAUCAACAAGGCCAUUUGUACAGAAACAGAACUCAGUGAUGCUGAGUAUGAAGAGAUAAGAAAUAUCUGUACUCAAUCGUACAAAUUUCUUCAAGAAGCUCUCGGCAGCAAUGAAACCCAAAUAGCCAGUUAUGCUCAAGACACAGACUUCAUUCUUGUCGGAAGGAAAUUUUUGCCUUCAAAGAAAGUUGCUUUUAACUUAGCAGUCGAUUGUUCUCCAUACCUGUACAAGGUUCCAGAAGAUUUGGCCAGGCGAUACCAGAUGUUGAUGAAGGUAGCUGGUGUCAGAGAGAUUUUCCGGGCAGAAGAUUUUAUGAAUGCUUUAAGGCAGAUUAAAGAAACGUUUAAAGAUGAAGUUCUCGACAAGGAGAAACUGCAUGUUGCAAUCAACCUGGCAAUUCAGUUGGAAGAGUCUCUGGGUGAAUAUCACGAACCUGUUGCACCUGCUUACCUUUAUCUGCCGGAUGCUUUCGGAGUAAUGCAACCCGUAAGUGAACUUUGUAUUAACGAUUGCCCCUGGAUUGUGGGAAAUACGGAUGUCCAGUACGUCAAUCCUAGAAUUCCCAUGUUAAAAUGUUACCGCUUAGGAGUAAAAACACGUCGAGCAGAGGCCUUGCGACAUCACGCGUACGGACUCUCCUUUGGACAACGAGAGAAACUGGCAAACCGCUUAAAACGGAUUUUGACUGCCUACCCUUGUGAGAAAGAACUUUUGAAAGAACUUCUCCAGAAUGCUGAUGACGCUCAAGCAACUGAGAUUUGUUUUGUUGUGGAUCCACGAAGCCAUUCCAAAAAACGAGUGUUUGAGAAGUGCUGGCAGCCAUUACAGGGCCCGGCUUUAUGUGUGUAUAACAACAAACCUUUCACAAAAGCUGACAUUAAAGGUAUACAGAAUCUUGGAGAAGGAAGCAAGGGGGACGACCCAAACAAAACCGGCCAGUAUGGAGUUGGUUUUAACGCUGUCUAUCAUUUAACAGAUGUACCUUCAUUUAUAUCUACUGGAGAGGAAAUUGGCGACGUCUUAUGUGUAUUUGAUCCACACUGCCGUUACGUCCCCGGAGCGAACCCUCAAGAACCUGGAAGAAUGUACAAAGAAACGAAGAAGCUCAAGACCCUUUUUCCUGACGUGUUUUCCUGCUAUCUUGAAGAACAUUUUCAACCAUUUGAAGAUUCAACUAUGUUUCGAUUUCCUCUUCGAACACAACAGAUGGCAAAGGUUUCCAGUUUAUCAACGAAGCCAGUCAACUUGCAGGAACUGAAAGAAAUGAUGGCAGCCCUGAAGAAAGAGCUCUUUGAAGUUCUUGUUUUUGUAAAUAAUGUUAAGAAGAUAACUUUAUGUGAUAUUGAUGAGAACAGCGGCAAUUUUGUGAACAAGUAUUCAGUUGAGGUGGUGAUGUCCCAUGAGGAUGAACAAAAACGGCAUGAAUUUGUUAACCGUUUAAUGCAGGCCGGAAAGUCGACUAAACAGAAAAGAAGUGUUCUCCUAAACACUGAGGUUAAGAAGUGCUCCUACAUCAAAACAUUGCGAGACUCUAAAGGUAACGAAGAGAAGUGGUUCGUUGUUCAGCAGUUCGGUUUUGAAAAGCCAGUCCCACCAAGAAUAGUCCAAGCUUACCAAGACCACGAUUUGGGGCUCAUUCCUCGAGGUGGGGUUGCAUGCCUUUUGGAAAAGAAAUCUACGAGUGUGACACCCCUGAAAAAAAAGAAAGUUUAUUGCUUUCUUCCGCUCCCUAUCGAAACAAACCUGCCAGUUCACAUUAAUGGGCACUUUGCAUUGGACCAUGAAGCGAGAAGAAAUUUGUGGUGGGACGAAACAAGCGGCUAUCGAAGUGACUGGAACAAUGCCUUGCUGAGUGAUGUGAUAGCAUCAUGCUAUCUAACACUCUUAGACGAGGUGAGGAGAUUCUAUCAACUACCGGUCACCCCAGGCGAAUUAGAAAAUCUAAGUUGUUGUGAACACGAUUUGGCUGAAAGAUUCAAUGAUUUCGAGAAAUUGUUUCCAAAGUUUGAUGGCCAUGAUUCUCACUGGAACACACUUGUAAAGUCCGUUUAUAAGAAAAUGGACGAAAAGCGACUUCGGUUUCUACCGGUGGUGAAUUUUUGGCCACGAAACGUUGCCCAUGUGCGUCAAAUCCAAGUAACAUGGCUUCCUCCUACUGGUACUGGAAAUGAUCAGGCAUUCUUUAACAAUAUUGGUACUGAUGUAAGCGCUGUGAAAGACAGAACGCAAGGAAAGCAUCAUCUUGCAAAAAUCCUCAUCCAGACGGGGUUUAAUCUACUGAACCUUUCCGCAUCAAUCUGCGAAGCAUUUUGGAGAUCUGGUGUGAGAACUUGCUAUGUGUCGCCUUUUUCGGUUAUAAAUUUCUUUAAGACGUACAAUUCUCAAGAUUCCCAUUGUAUCGUUCGCUCUGUUCCAGUCGAUGUCUGUGAGACGCCUCUAGAGAACGCUGCCACCGUUUCACUUUUGCUUGAGUAUUGCAAGCUUUAUGAUCACUUUCUCCGUGUUUUACAUGGUCUUCCCCUGCUGUUAACGCAAGACAACAUGCUCCGAGUAUUUAACGUGAGUAAUCAGAAAUUUUUGUCCCGAUACCACGACAUUUUGCCAAAUUCUCAUCACAUGUUUGUUCACGAGAAAAUAAGAAGCAGUAUUUUCCAUGACCCAGUAAGUCUUGGAGCACUUGUUUUCCGACGUUUUGAUGUAAAUGCGUUCGUGGAAUUUUUGCCAAGGUCCUUUCCAGUUUUGUUCAAUCAGUCAGAUUCCUAUCUCCAGUGGAAUCCAGAAAGUGCAACGCAACCAGAUAGACAUUGGGUAUACAGAGUUUGGAGCUUUCUUGGAGAAUGUAAUCAGCUAUCAAGUUACCGAGCAAGCAUGCUGUCGGGACUUACGCUUUUGUCUAACUGUAAAAUUCUCCCUGCAACCGAAGGUCCUUCCAACAUAGGCUUCAAUGAUCCAUGUCUGGCCAAAGGAGAAUAUUUAGUGCCCUUGAAAUUAGCGGAAACUGUUCUUGACUCAGAUGAGAUGUAUAAAGGCAUUCCACUGUUUUCAGCUCUUAGAGAUCUGGGUCUGCCUGAGCUGAAUAAUUCAUUGCUAUGUGCUUCGUCUGCACCUAAUUCAUUCCUGGGUUCCCAUCAACUCGCACGGCAUUUCGUGGCGUCCCCUCAGAAACCAAAAUCUAUCAUUGCUUCACUAGGCCAAAUGAUGGCAAGAAGGCCUCAUGCAUUACAAGGAAAACUGGAUGUUUCUGGGUGCAAGAUCGUUCUUCGUUAUUUUAGCCAGAGUGUCGGAAGCCUAGAGGGAACGUUCUCUAGAGAAGAAUUAGAGUCAUCUAAGACUGUUUUGCGGAAGCUCCCCUUUUAUCCUGCAACGCACGAUCGUCUUGUCAGCCUUGAUAACCAGAGGGUUUGCGUUUUACCAGGUGGAAUACCUAAGGAGGAGAUGACCAGUCUGGAGGAGGAGGUCGACGUAUUGUUUCUCGAGCAUGUCGCAGAUCUCCUCAAUUUAUAUCAGUUUCUGGCGUUUGAUUGUAUCACGACGGUGGAUGUAUAUUGUCAGUUUAUCUUGACUAAUUUUGAGAUCUUCAGCAAGGAGGCACGAAAGAAACAUCUCCUGUAUAUUCGAGACUUUUUGUUGAAGUAUUUUCUAGAAGAGAAAGAGAAGGAGAGAUUACUGAAAUGCUUGAUGAACACGGCAAUCAUAACCAACCUCGAGGGUACAGUAACCAUGGCGUCUUGUUUCUUUGACCCAAGGAAUGAAGUGUUCAGAGCCAUGCUACCAGAAGAAAUGUUUCCACCCGAACCUUUCAAUUACCCAGAAUGGUUACCUUUUAUGAAAAUGAUCGGUAUGAUUAAUGAAGUUUCUAGGGAACAUUUCAUCAGAUUCGCUAAGGACGUUGCACGGGAAGCAAAGAUGCAUCGCACAUUGAAGACAGACGAAAAAUCAAAGCUACUAGUUUCCAACCUUUUCAAGCGCUCCAAAACAUCGGAUGGACUCCUACAAACAGUUUGUGAUAUUCCUUUUGUGGUUUCAGAUCCGAUCCCCGAAGACCUUAAUAAGCUACAUACACCGUUUGGUGCACAGAAGGAUGAACGAAAUCCGUAUAUUUCAUUCAAAGACUCUGUCCUUUACAACCACAUCAAAAUCGUGUGGACGACAGCAUAUCUACUUCCAAAGUGGGCAGAUCCCAGGGAACCUUCGAACUUGACAAGAGAAGAUUCUGUCAGCACCAUUCUUUCGCAUCUAGGAGUUUUGGUUGAGCCAACAUUGCAAAUGGUAUUUUCCCACUGCAUCAAUAUUGUUCAUCAAGUUGCUGUAGAAAAUGCUAGCAAACUUCCGGAAGGUCAAGGUGUGGCAAGAACGUCUGUCAUGAGAAAGAUUUACGCGUUUUUGGAUCAGAAAUUUACCGAGGGCAUUGCUGUCCAUAGCAGCCUUCAGGACAUACCUUGCAUUUUAGUUGAAAGGGGAGCAAGGUUUGUGAAAUGCAAACAAGUGGUUCUCCAAGGGUCUCAAGAUCUCGAGAUAACACCCUUUCUUUAUCGAGUACCUCUUGAAAUCGGAGAUUUCCACAGACUGUUUUUGCACCUCGGAUGCUCUCAAGAUGUCAGAGCUACCCACUAUGCUAUGGUCUUGGAAAUGUUACACGAUCACGUCCGAUCGAUGAAGCUGAAUCCAAAUCAGAUCACAAGCACUUUGAAAGCAGUUCGAGGUUUUUUCGAAAGGUUAAAACAACAUCCCGACGAGAAAAUUGAGUGCCAAAACUUGUACUUACCAGCAGUUUAUCCGGUAAACAGAUGCUCCUUCGACAACCUGCACAAGUCUACUGAUUUAAUAUUCGAUGACACUCCACACCAUCGGCGUAGGCUUGAGAAGUACGACCAGCUGUUGGUGGUGGACCUAAAGAUGGUAGAGCUACAAUGCCCUUCUUCGAUGAACUACAAGGACUACAUUUUGUGCCUUCCAGAUAGCUUACGGCCGCAAUUUCUAUCUAACGUUGUACAGGAAAAAUUAGUUACUUCCCUGGAAAGUGGCGGUCUGAUUCCCCAUGUUGCUGUUGCUGAUUCCUUAAAAAAACAGCUGUGCUCGGAACAGUUCUUUCGUGGAAUUUUGAGGUUAAUUCGUCACGCAAACCAAGACGGCAGAACCUUGGAUGAAAGUGCUUCUUCUCGCCUUGAGAGCAGACUUCGAAGUAUUGAGUUCUUCGGACUGAACGGAAUUGUGACCCAGUUGGAGUGUAAGGGAGUUAUUAUCCCUGGAAGUGAAGCAGAAGUUCCACAUUUUUUAGAAAAGGUUUCAGACGGAGGUAGAGAUGUUUGGAAGGUCUAUGUUAAUGCCGAGGCAGAAAAUACCGAUACCCAAAUGUCACUUACCCUAACGCAAGUGAUCUCUGAGGCGUGUGAGGGACUGUUGCGGGAGAAUGUUAUGUUUAUACCAGAGUUGUUGCGAACGAAGCCCAACAAGAUAUGGUCAAUCCUGGACCACAUGAGUAUCCGACAGGAUGAAUCAUACGACCCGUCGCUGAGUGAUCUUUUACCUGAUCCAGGGGAUUUCAUUCCGAUUGAAGAUCAUCAUUUGCUGAACGAAGGCUUUGAAGAUUUCUCUCCCGGAGAGUAUGUUGGAUUCGAACUGGAGGAUCCCAGUCUAGAAGAGAAGAACGAAGAAGCUACCUUCAUAUAUGCCAUUAUAGUUCAAGAAAUCAAUAGCCAGGAAAAUGCAAGCGUCUACACAAAACGUUACAAAGUCAAUGUUGGACAUGAAAAACAACUGCAGGUCGCCGAGUCUACAGAUUUGUAUAAAUUUCACAGCCUUCAAAAUCAUUCGGAAAACCAAGAAAGGCCCACUUCAGAAGCAAGCAAAAAAGAAGUUUUAAUCAGAAUUGCUAAAGUGCUUAAAGUGGCAUGGAAUCUUCCUGAGAAAAGAAGAAUAAAGAUUAUAAAGCGUUUGUUCCUUCAGUGGCAUCCUGAAAAGAACAUUGGAGACGCCGAGCUCUACAACGAAGUCAUCCAGCAUCUUCAAAAUGAAAUUGGAAAGUUGGACAGCGGUGAAACUACGUGCAACCAAGUGAGCAGCUACAAACCCUUCUAUAAUGUCUGGACAAAGCGUGCGAAACUGCAUCAUACACGACGCCAGGAAUACAGGGCAGCAUUUGACAAAAAAUAUGGAUCUCGGAAAACCUCAAAGACUCACAGCUUUAAGUCGGGAAUUCCUCCAAGUUUCUGCAAGAAGAAUCCUCAACCAGGUCAGGCACGACGUUGGUUUAGACAAGCGGAAGCCGACCUAAGGGCAGUUAAACAAGAUUUGGCGGUAGAAACUCCUUCCUACGAGUGGGCGUGUUUUAAGUCUCACCAGGUACACUGCUUAAUCGUUUAAUCUUGUUUUAUGAGCAAAUCCCAAAUCAAAAGUUACUCUCCUCAGAAAACACCGCUGGUGAUAUAAUUUUGCCGAAAGUUAACUAACUUUUAAAUGUUAUUGCUGUCAUUUUUAUUGUUAGGCUGCAGAGAAAGCACUAAAGGCUGCACAGUAUGCGGAUGAUGCCUUUAAGACACGUGUGCAUAAUCUUACUAAAAAUGCCAGCUGUUUGGGCGACACGGAAUUGACAAACGUCGCGAACGAUCUGGAGAGUUGUGUUGAGGAUUCAACACGCAUGCGUUACCCUGACAGACUCAAUUACCCCGAGAUUCCUAAUGAUGUAUACACAGCUGCCCUGGCCAAUGAAGCUUUAAGACUAGCGACGAACAUCCUCGAUAGGGUCCGCCAAAAACUUCCAGAUUAGUAUCAAACAAAUAGGGGAAAAGAAUCAGUUAGCAUAAUUAAUUAAGGCGCAGGUAAACAAGAAUAUAUUAAUUGCGUCACAAUGCUACGUCACAAUGUUAUCUUGUUUAGUGUUAUGUGAGGAACUUUUCCGCAGCAAUGAUCACUCGUUUAGGUUUCCUAGAAUAAGAUAGAAAUUUUCUAGGAAUCUAGUAACUGUUAGAAUUCAUAUUAACCGGUAUUUCGUUUUUCAGGUUUCUAACAAGCGAUAAAGAAAAAUAACAGGAUUUGCCAUGUAGUAAACUGCUAAAGCAUUGUUUGUUUUGUCAGUUGUUGCGAUACGAUUUAACACUAAUCAGGCUAUGAUUUUACACUAAACUGGAGCAAUUUGAUAUAAGUGAAAUGUAGAUAUUAAAAAGCAAACUUGAAUUAAAAAUUUAAGGUAGAUAGAGAUAGCUGGAGGUCCGUGUCCAUUAUUGUUGGCACAAAAACCGGCGUUAUCGCCAUUUUGACACAACGUCAGGAUGUUUUCUAUUUCUCCCGAAAAACAAUCAAUUUCAGCGGGCCUUCCCAAAAAGCAGCUAAUGCCUAUUUUCUUUAUAGUGGUAAUGUAACUUCGGCUUUUUUUGCUUGUUCAAAUGUUCCCUAUAAAAGGCAACCAUCAGCAGCGGGCGUUGUCAUGGGAACAUUUGAAUGCAGCUAGUACAAAGUGUCAGGGAAUUCAAAAUGCAUUCAGUAGUUCUAAACAUGCAUCGAUACAUGUAGUUGUUUUUAUUUUCCCCUGAUUCUUGGAUCAGGGUAAAAGCUAUAUUGUUAAAGUUGAUCACAAUACAGGGUAAAUGUUGUUGCAAGUAAUAGUUCUUCUUUUGUCGUUUUGUUAGAAAUUCAAUAUAACUCUUAACUCUCAUUUUUAAUGAUAUGAUACAGGAGAUAUGUCAUGUACUCUACAAACGUCCUGGCCCCGGUUCCUGGAAAGCGGAUUAAACUGUCCUUCGACUAGCGUCAAAUCUACGAUCAAUUUUCUUAUUCUUCGGAUAACUAGUCGUGGGUUAAAAAGGAGUUCCUGAAAGCGAAAAAAACCCACGAUUAACUAAUCCGAGAUUAGUGUUAAAAUAAACCGGUUUAACUAGUUUUUGGGAUGAUUGCUUUUAAAAAGUGUGGUGCGAAAAAUGUUUAGGCACGGGCGAAGUAAAGGAAAAUGGCGGAAAAUGAAGUGGUCUAGGUUGAACCUAAGGAGAAGAAGAGGAAACCGAAAUUCUUCCUCUACCUAGAAAUAAUUGGCCAAGUUUUAUAACGUAGUCCUUAUAUCUUAUAUUCAUUCCGCAGUCUACAGUCCACAGUCCACAGUCCACAGCCCGCAGUUCAUGUUUUUAAUGUCCAAAUUUAUUACAUGAAGUAGUAACCGCGUUGGCAAAUGCUUAUGUUUCCUCCUCGUCUGUCUCUCGAGGUCGUUCUUGAGGAUUUCUACCAAAUAUUGAGUUGACUCUCGGCCAAACCUGUAUCUACUGCAAAGCUCUUCAUCAGUGAAUUGGUCGAGAUCAAUUUCUUGCUGUCGGAACUUUUUUCCACGUAUUUGUGGCAACGGUAAGUCCGCCAUUUUGUUUGUUUUUACAAACUUUCCCUCCCGAUUAGUGACUUAAUCGACCUCGCUAGGUGGGUUAAAAUGAACACUUAGUUUAUUCCUAGAUUAAGGUUAAUCAUACUUUCAGGAACAGAAUCUAAUCGUGGGACAAAAUGUAUUCCACGAUUAGCGACAUUUAAUCCUCGAUUAGAGCUAAUCGGCUUUCCAGGAACCCACGCCUGUUUGUCUGCAAAACAUAGCAGAAUCAGAUCAACAAAAAAAUCAGUAUUUUCCAGUCUCUGUAUACUUGAAAAUGUACCAUGGAGCUAAUAACAGACUUUAAUUAACUGAAUAAUAAACGGUAAUACAAUUUUUUUGUUUUCUUCUUUUUUAAUUAACGUAAUACCUUUGACGUCACUGAAUUGGUCGGGCGAUACACUUCAAAAAUGAUUCUUGUUAAUUCAAACCGCUUGUAAAACCGUGUUUAAUGUUGUAAACGUAUCACUUGAACUCGAGGGAAGAGUCAGUGAGACGAUACAAAACUUAUUGCUUCCCGAGGGAUUCAGAGUCGCAUAGUGAAAACUGGCGUAGGCCAAUUAAAGUUAGGCAAAUGAGCUUCUUGAGUCACUUCUAUGAUUUUGAAGGCAAAAGAAGGUUAGGAAGAGUAGAAGUGCGAACAGCACAGCUCAUGUAGGCUGGACAUAAGGCGAACGCCCGACGAGUAGGGACGCGUAUGGGGUUUCAACCCCCUUCUCAGCCUCUUAUGAUCCGUUCUUGAAAGCGAACCCGCGUGCCCUCGAUCUCCCAAAGUCCCUCCCUCUCUCAACGUAAAAGAAAAAAAAUUCUGCAUCAGUAUCAGGGAUCAGGAUUUUA